AGGAACAGAGCUGUACAGUUAGCUUCUUCAGAUCCCUUAUUCGGCCGAUUGCAGCCAUGCUUUCCGGCGAUAUUCCUCCGAAUCAAACUAUAUAUAUAAGGAAUCUCAACGAGAAGGUGAAGAAAGAAGAAUUGAAGAGAUCCAUUUAUGCUCUCUUUUCCCAGUUUGGAAGGAUUCUGGAUGUAGUAGCCCUGAAAACCGAGAAACUCAGAGGUCAAGCAUGGGUGGUGUUUAGUGAAGUUACUGCUGCUAGUAGUGCAGUUCGUCAAAUGCAGAGCUUUCCAUUCUAUGAUAAACCUAUGAGGAUACAAUUUGCAAAAAUGAAGUCUGAUUGUGUAGCUAAAGCAGAUGGAACUUAUGUUCCUAGAGAAAAGAAGAAGAAACAGGAAGACAAAGCUGCUGAGAAGAGACGGAAAGCUGAGGAGGCGCACCAAACUGGUUCUGCCGCUAAUGGCCCUUCUUUUCAAAACAAUGGAGUACAUACUUCACAAGCCACCCGCCAUGGAAAGAGUAGCAGUUCUCAGGAAACUGCUCCUCCCAACAACAUUCUAUUUAUCCAGAACCUUCCUCAUGAGACUACAAGCAUGAUGCUUCAGAUACUUUUCCAGCAAUACCCGGGUUUCCGAGAGGUCCGAAUGAUCGAAGCGAAGCCGGGAAUCGCCUUCGUGGAGUUCGGGGACGAAGUACAGGCUUCCAUUGCCAUGCAAGCCCUCCAGAGCUUCAAGAUCACUCCACAAAACCCAAUGGCCAUCAGCUAUGCAAAGAAAUGAUGGAUGAUGCUUUCUGGAUCUUUUUCUGUGUCCUUUCUUUCUUUUAUUUGGGAUAAAGAUGAUGAUGUUUGAUUCUGAGUUUUUGAAUAGAAACUAUUGUGUUGCAAUUUUUACUGGUAUGUAAUGUAGACUAAAUCUAGGGUUGUUACAUUUUAGUGAGAGGGAAAUUCUCUUAGAUAAUGCUUGUUGAGUAUAUCAUGGUUUA